AUGAAGCGUUACAUCAUCUCCCACCGUAAUGGCAUUGACGGCCUGCUGCUUCACAUUGAUGCCCCAAAGCCGGAGCUACGCUCUUCUACGGAUAUCCGUAUUAACAUCAAGUAUUUGUCCUUGAACGCCCGAGAUCUUCAGAUUGUCAAUAACGACUACCCCGCCCCACAUGAUGUCCCUCAGGACUGUGUACCGGUCUCAGAUGGCUGUGGUAUCGUUGAGGCUGUAGGUAAAGAUGUUACAUUAUUCAAGAUUGGCGAUCGAGUAGCUCCAGUAUUUCCUCAAGGUCAUCACUAUGAGGAAGACCUGGCCCUCAGGAGCUUGAAAAGAGGGCUGGGCGGAGCCAUCGAUGGAGUAGCUGCGGAAUACUUUGUCUGUGAUGAGCAAGAAGCAGUGAAUAUCCCCAGCAAUUUUGAGCUCAUCGAAGGAUCCACCCUUCCAGUAGCAUACACCACCGCUUGGUCCAGCUUGUAUUCACAUCACCCAUCUUUACAAUCCGGACAGACAGUGUUAUGUCUUGGAACAGGAGGCGUAUCAUUAAGUGCUGCACAGAUUGCCUUGAUUUCUGGAGCUAGAGUCAUCCUUACGUCAUCGUCCCAAUCCAAAUUGGACAAAGUUACCGAACUGCUCAAGCCCCUAGUCCCGAAUGGUGCACCAGCGAACGUUAUACAAACGAUCGACUAUUCAAAAGUAGAUGCCUGGGAUGUUGAGGCACGUAGAUUGAAUGGCGGGAAAGGAGUUGAUUUCGUGAUUGAGAUAGCAGGUAGAGCAACGCUUGCUAGAAGUAUCAGAAGUACCAGACAAGGAGGUUUGGUGGCAAUCUCAGGGUACAUGGGGGACUACAAACCUAUACCAGACGAUUUGAUCCAAGAAGAUCUCGCCAAGGUGAUUUUAUAUUCUGCUGCGAACGUUAGGGGUGUGUUUGUUUGCAAUCGUGAGGACUUCAAAACGGCAGCCUCGGCACUUGAAAUUGGCGGAGUCAAGCCUAUCAUCGAUAAAGUUUUCAAAUUUGAGGACAUGAAAGAAGCUUAUCGAUACAUGGAAGCUGGAAGGCACGUUGGGAAAGUCUGCAUAGAGCUAUAA